AAGAAGCGACACAUUUGAGGGGGAUCUAAUGUGUUAUGAGAGUAAUUGUAUCAUCUUUAAUAGUGUCUGUGUCUGAAUUAUGUUUUUGAAUUCCAGGACUCUAAUGGUUAGACAUGUUCUAACACCCAUUGUUUAGGUCUGCUUCACAUCACCCAAGCUGAAUUGCAGGUCCUUCAACAAUCUUCAACACUCCACCCAGUUCUCUUUUUUGUAGCUUACAAGCAGAAACUAUUUCGUCCAGCUGAAUUGGUGGCGAUGGAGACAGAAACAUCCAGAGUGACAGGGACAGUGCUAUUUUUUUUAUUCCCAUGCGAAGCCACUCCCUUGGGUGGUUUCCCCUGCGGUUUAAAACCCAAGAGUGACACGGGUGUGACUCCACAGCGCGACGUGACAGACAGGUGUAACGACCUGAAGACAACUCGGAAUUAAAGUGUUUUAUAGCGAGCCGAAGAGCCUUCAGUGGAGGUGAAGUUCCAAAAUGAGCAGGUAUUCAGGACAAACCUAUAAGAGCACCAGUCCCAGCCUGGCAAUUGACGAUAGCAAGAAGAAAACAUCUCUGCUUAAGGACAACAGCUGGAUCAGAAAAGACGAGGAAGAGGACGAACCUGUCGACCGAGAUCCAAACUUUGGGAGAUCAGUGUUAAGCCGGUACAAGUCCAACGAAACUCUUGAUAGUACUAAGAGCCCAGAGGAGGUGAAGACCACCAAACCUACAAGUUCAGUGCAGGCUCUCACCAAAAGGUUCAGUGGAAGUCAGGAUGAGCUGAGGAGCAGCACCCUCCCCUCCAGCAAGACCACGUCAUCUUACACCAAACGAUAUUCUAGUGUGAAGACAGAUGAUCCCAUCAAGACCACCACUACAGUCACAGAGGAGCCAAAAACAAGCACAAAAACCACCACAGUGACCAAGAACGGCACCACCACUGAGACCACCAUCACCACCACCCAGAGCCUCAAAUCUCCUGUCCUUAAAUCGCCCACCAAGACUGAGACCUUCAGUGAGCGAGUGAAGUCAUCAAGCAAAGGGGCGCAGUACUCUUCCUACUCACCCACCAAAACAACUACAGUGACCAGCACUACUAAGGAUGCAGAGGACAAGGUUUUCAAUGAUCACAUCCUCUCGUCUAUCAAGGAUGAUUCCCCAACCAAAGACAGCAAAACAAGUGUCACCACAACUGAGACUGUGACAGUAAAAAGCAACUUUGAAAAAGAUGCUGAGGACCACCUCUACGACUCACUCAUCCCCAGUUCCAUCAAAAGCGACGUCCCUGACAGCAAAACGACCGUGUCCAGCACUGAGACCGUCACAGUGAAAAGCUCUCCUGAUGGGGAUGGCUUUAAAAGCACAACAACAAUAAGCACUUCCUCUACGGCUGAGGACGAUCUGUACGACACCCUUCUGCCUAAAUCAAUUACGUCUGAACCUUCUUCCAGAACAAGCACCACAAAGAAAGAGAUUGUGACGGUGGAAAGCAGCAACGGAGAGAAAAGCCCGACCCUAAGCUCACCAUCCUACACACGUUACAGUAAUGGAUACAGCAGCAGCUCCAACACCUAUUCUUACUCCAAACCUGACUCCAGCUAUGAGUACACUAGUGUGACCAGUCCCAGUGUGUACACCACAACAUCAUACAGGAGUAGCAGCAGAUCAGAUGACAUCCUGGCAGAUCCAAUCUAUUCGAAAUCAUCAAUGAAGAAUGUCUAUGCAUCUUCUGACCGGCUGGUGCACGAGAAAGACCUCUGCAACAUCUGCCGUAAACCCUUCAUCGGUGAUGCCAAAAUGGUUCUGGAUGACAUGAAGAUCAACUGCCAUGCUACCUGCUUUAAAUGUGAUGUGUGUAACAGUAGUUUGAGUAAUCUGAGAGCUGGGGACAGCAUGUGGAUCUACAAACGCAUGGUGCACUGUGAGACCUGCUUUGAAAUCACCAGAGAGAAAUGGCGACGGUGAAUCUUCGGAGAGAUAAUGGUGAUGUGGGUGACUGGGGCUCUCGUGGACUCUCAUUUUUACAAGCUUACGCAUGUUUAUGUGGGUGUUUUUUCGACAAAUACAACACUUUUUUCAUACAAUGUGUGCUCUACAUAUCUUAUGGUCUAUUACAGGAAAUGGGAUGUGAUAUUGCCAUCUGUGUACCUCUAUGUAGCCAUGUAUUAUCCGGCCUGCUUCUUUCUGGGGGACUCUUGUGAACAAAGUGGGAGGGGAUAUUAUAAUUGAUAGUUUGAAGGGCCGGGGGUGUUUUUCUUUGUGCAAUAAUGCUGCAAUCUAAUAAUAAAAAAAGUUAAAAGAAUAAAAGUAAAACGUUUCU